GCUCCUCGAAGCUCACACACGCAUUACAUGCGCCUCUGAACUCAUAAUUUCUCCUCAUUUCCCUCUUCGUCGGCUGAAAUAUCAAAAUGAGGAGCUCACUGUUCAGAGCUAUCAAAACCCUAAAUAACUCCGCGUCUUGUUCCCAUCUCCUCCGCCGUGGCUACGGCUCGGAAGCCGUUCCCGACCGGAAAGUCGCCGUUCUCGGCGCUGCUGGCGGUAUCGGUCAGCCACUUGCCCUACUCAUGAAGCUCAAUCCUCUUGUCUCUAGUCUUGCUCUCUAUGAUAUUGCUAACACCCCUGGAGUCGCCGCCGAUGUUAGCCACAUCAACACUAGAUCUGAGGUUAAAGGGUACGUGGGAGAAGAGGAACUAGGGAAAGCCUUGGAAGGAUCAGAUGUUGUGAUCAUUCCAGCUGGUGUCCCAAGAAAACCUGGAAUGACCCGUGAUGAUCUCUUCAACAUCAAUGCUGGAAUUGUCAAGGGUCUCUGUGAAGCAAUUGCCAAGUACUGCCCCAAUGCACUCGUAAAUAUGAUUAGCAACCCUGUGAAUUCAACAGUACCUAUUGCAUCUGAGGUUUUCAAGAAGGCAGGAACAUAUGAUGAGAAAAGAUUGUUCGGUGUAACCACCCUUGAUGUAGUAAGGGCCAAGACUUUCUAUGCUGGGAAGGCCGAAGUGCCAGUUGCAGAGGUUAAUGUGCCAGUUGUUGGCGGCCAUGCAGGCAUAACCAUUCUCCCAUUAUUUUCACAAGCGACACCAAAAGCCAAUCUGGCAGAUGAAGAGAUUCAAGCUCUUACAAAGAGAACUCAAGAUGGAGGGACUGAAGUUGUUGAAGCAAAGGCUGGAAAAGGCUCUGCAACUUUGUCAAUGGCCUAUGCAGGAGCCAUUUUUGCGGAUGCUUGCUUGAAAGGACUCAAUGGGGUUCCAGAUGUGGUGGAAUGUUCAUUUGUGCAAUCGAGUGUUACUGAGCUUCCUUUCUUUGCGUCAAAGGUGAGGCUUGGAAAGAAUGGUGUGGAGGAAAUUAUUGGGUUGGGCCCUCUCUCUGACUACGAAAAGGAAGGCUUAGAAAAGCUGAAGCCUGAGCUCCUAGCAUCUAUUGAGAAGGGAAUCAAGUUUGCCAACAAUUAAUUAAAUCAAUGCUUUUUGGAUGGCGGUCAUGUGUUCCUUCCAUUAUUAACUCAAAUUUUGAAAUUUUUGGCAGUGUUGUACUUAUUGUUUGCCAGUAACACUGGCUUUUCCAUUGAAAGUAGAGCAGGUUUUGCGUAAAUCAAACUUGUUAAUAAUAAUACCCUCUGGAAUGUAACAGGAGAGUUUUAAUAGUAACUUAAAUCAAAUUUAUAAAAAUUCUAGGGAAAUUGAUUGA